AUGCAUUGUUCAUCUCGUCUUGCAGGAGCUGCCUUGCUCUUUUCUUGCAUCAUACCAUCUCUCGCGUCGCAAUGCACACCCUCAACCCCUGAAAAGCCCCGCGUUUUUCUCUUGAGCGAUAUCGCCAACGAGCCCGAUGAUGCUCAAUCGCUCGUGCGACUUCUGGUCUACGCCAAUGAGCUGCAGAUUGAAGGUAUGGUGGCGACGACGAGUGUCUGGCUAAAUGACACCACCCGCCCAGACCAAAUACAUGAUAUUGUCGACGCGUACGGCGGAGCACUGCCAAACCUAAAGAAACAUGCUACCGGCUGGCCUGAAGCAUCCUAUCUCAAAGGCCUAAUUGCUUCCGGCUUGCCGGUCUACGGCAUGGACGGCGUCGGCGAAGGGAUGGACAGCGAGGGCUCCGACAUGCUUGUCAAGGCAGUUGACGCCUCGGACGAGCCGCUCUGGGUCCCGGUAUGGGGAGGGGCGUCGGUCUUGGCGCAGGCGUUGUGGCAUGUCAAUGCGACGAGAUCGCAAUCCGAGAUCGAAACCUUCGUCUCCAAACUCCGCGUCUAUACGAUUUCCGAUCAGGACAAUACCGGCUCGUGGAUCCGUCGAAACUGGCCGCAACUCUUUUACAUUGCCAGUGUCCAUCACUUCAACCGGUACGCCGUUGCCGCGUGGGGCGGCAUCUCGGGCGAGGAGUACUACAACUUUCCGAGCCUCUCGAACCAGGAGGUCAUAUCGGCAGAUUGGAUCAGGCAGAUUAUCCAGAGUGUCGGACCGUUGGGGGCGAAGUAUCCUGACGCUGAUUUCAUUGUCGAGGGUGAUACACCUUCGCUUCUCUACUUGAUCCCUAACGGGCUCUCCGACCCCGAAUAUCCGGAAUGGGGAUCUUGGGGCGGCCGAUAUGGACCCGUCACCUACGGUGAGGGUCAUUACGCGGAUACGGUGGACGUCCUGAAAGGGGCUUCGGGAAGGACGAUCAUGAGUUCGCAGGCGACCGUGUGGAGAUGGAGGGAGGCGUUUCAGAACGACUUUGCUGCCCGUAUCAAGUGGUCCGCCAGUCCUGAAUUCGGUGAUGCUCAGCAUGCCCCAGUCGUGGUGUUGAAUGGAGACACGUCUUGCAAGGUCGUGAAAAUGAUCGUCAAGGAGGAGGACGUCAUCGGGCUCGAUGCACGAGAGUCUUGCGACCCAGACGGAGGAGAGUUGACGUACAAGUGGUGGCAGUACUUGGAGCCAUCAUCAAACAACAAUAAUCCGGGACGAGACGUCGGCAGACUGGAGCUGAGUGAUACCGACGCUGCCAUUAUCACAGUCACAAUGCCUUCAGAGGAGGUUCUCCGUGCCCCAGGCAGAAAUCGUCACCCGAAUGACGACAAGCAUAUGCACCUCAUCCUUGAGGUCUCUGACGGUACACUGAUUUCCUAUCGCCGGGUCAUUUUCACCAUACUCGGACCUAAGAGUAAGACAGGAGAUGAAAAGUCUUCAGCCGGAAAGGCGGCUGAGCAAGCUGUUCAUGAUGAGCUGUGA